CAUGCUCCUCUCUUCCCUCUCUCCCCCUGCUCCCUCACCCCUUCCCUCCUCCUCCCCUGCUCCCUGCACACCAAGUUCGACGCCUCAUCUCUGGCGAAGGUGGGGUUCAGAGGGGGCAGCUGGGCCUUCGCCCCGUUUCCGUGGGACGUCGGGCAGGUCGGCAAGGGGGAGCGCCUCCUCCUCCUCAGGCCCCAGCUGCAUUGGGAGACCCCGCAGGGCCAGAGAGUCAACGGCACCGCCCUGGAGACGGACACAUUUGGCACCAACCUCUCCAUAGCGCGGAAGGUGCCGGAGAACGGGGGGCUCUACACGUGCGCGCUGGACUUCCAGGACGGCCCGACGCUGAGCCGGACUCUGCAGGUGGAGGUUUUGAGAAUUGUGUCAUCUCAGCUUAACCCUGUCCUGGAGGGCCGGGAGCUCAACCUCACCUGCAGCCUGGGCCACUCCUCGCUCAACAACCUGACGGUGAAGUGGAUCGCCCCCCGCUCCUCCUCCGUCCUGUCCCUCCCCAACGCCACCCACCGGCCCCUCCUGUCCAUCCCCCGAGUGACAGAGAAGGACAAGGGCACCUGGCAAUGCCAGCUGCUGCAGGACGGCAAAGUGCUGGCCACUGCGAGACUGAACCUGAAAACGGAGCGGGCCCCGGUGGACGUGUGGCUCCUGGUGUCCAUCGGCGGGGCGGCCGUCGUCCUCAUCCUCCUCCUGGCUCUCACUUUCAUUUGCGUCCGAAGGCACAGACAGCAGAGGAUGUUAAUGAGAAGACGACGCAAGCCCAAAUACUGCCGCUGCAAACACCCUCAAGUGAAAGGAUUCUACAGGAGCUGAGAGGCUGACUGACUGGGAGAUGGAGGUCCGUGUUCCUGUCAACACGAUGUCAUCAUAUACUGUAUAUAAUUGCAUAGUGUAUUGGUAUUUUUUAUAAUGUGCAUUUUGGUCCAGUUAACCGGUUGAAAUUGCCAAGUUGUCAACAUUAAGUAGAGUUGGAGGUGUAUGUAAUAAAUGUGUUAAUAUAUAUUGUAUAUAUAUUGUAUUCUUACUGUUGUUCUUUAAUGUCUGGAACCAAAUAAAUACUGAUUCUUUCAAAACCA